UGUUUGACUUCCAUCCAUCCCUCUCAAACCAUCCUCUCAAUGCUCGCAGGACUGUUAGCGACCUGCACUUUGGUUUAAACUCUGAGCUCAGCCCACAGCGGCCGCUGGAUACCUGUCAACAACACAUCUAAAGGGGAGCCAGUGUUUCUCUCGUCGAGGCAACCUGUUACUCCAGGAAAAGCAGGCUGCGUCGAAAUAUUACAAACAAACAUCAAACAAACAAACCGGUGUUUUGUGGGAUUAAAGCGACAAAACAAAGGCAGCUUCGUUUAAAGUGUUACCUGACAAAAAGUCAGGAAUCAUGACAGCGCUUGCGGGAGGUUUACCGAGAAUGAUGAGACCGACUCCUCAGCAGAACUACCCGCGGGGAGGAUACUCUCUGGAAGUCUCCACUCCGUUAGGACAGGGUCGGGUCAACCAGCUCGGUGGUGUCUUCAUAAACGGCAGACCUCUUCCCAACCACAUCCGCCACAAAAUCGUGGAGAUGGCUCAUCACGGUGUCCGGCCGUGUGUCAUCUCCCGGCAGCUACGCGUGUCCCACGGCUGCGUCUCCAAAAUCCUGUGCCGGUACCAGGAGACAGGCUCCAUCAGGCCGGGGGCCAUCGGAGGCAGCAAGCCAAAGCAAACCGCUUCUCCAGAGGUGGACAAGAAAAUCGAGGAGUAUAAAAGAGAAAACCCGGGCAUGUUCAGCUGGGAAAUCAGGGACAAAUUACUGAAAGAUGGCAUCUGCGACAGGAACAACGUCCCCUCAGUGAGCGCCAUCAGUCGCAUCAUGCGGUCUAAAUUCGGCGGAGUCGGUGAUGAUGACGAUGAUGAUGAUGAGGUGGUGAAGAGGGAGAUGGAGGAAAACGAACCACGGACUAAACACAGCAUCGAUGGCAUUCUGGGAGAUAGAUCCAGCCACUCGGACGAGGGCUCCGACGUGGACUCAGAGCCAGGCCUGCCUCUGAAAAGGAAGCAGCGCCGCAGUCGGACCACCUUCACAGCAGAGCAGCUGGAGGAGCUGGAGAGGGCCUUCGAGCGCACACACUACCCCGACAUCUACACGCGGGAGGAGCUGGCUCAGCGGGCCAAACUGACGGAGGCUCGAGUUCAGGUGUGGUUCAGCAACAGAAGAGCGCGGUGGAGGAAGCAAGCAGGAGCCAAUCAACUGAUGGCAUUUAACCACCUCAUCCCCGGUGGAUUCCCUCCAUCAGCUAUGUCCGGCCUGCAGCCCUAUCAGCUGUCCGACAGCCCCUACACUCCCACUUCAAUAGCUCAAGCAUCCGAGCAGCCCAGUACAGUCCACCGACCGCAGCCUCUGCCCCCCACCUCCGUGCACCAGAGCGGACUCGCCACGUCAGCUGGUUCCCAGGAUGGAAGCUCUGCGUACUGCCUGUCCUCUGGACGUCACGGCUUCUCAGGGUACUCGGAAAGCUUUGUGGCCCCAGCGGGACACAGCAACGCUGUCAACCCUACCAUCGGCAACAGCCUCUCACCACAGGUAAUGGGUCUGUUGAACCCAGGUGGAGUGCCACAUCAGUCCCAGAGUGACUUUGCCCUCUCGCCUCUGACCGGAGGCCUGGAGCCUAACGGUGGCAUGGCUGCCAGCUGCCAUGGCUCCCAGCGCUUGGAGGCUCUACCAGGCCUGACCAGUAUGCCCACUCUGCCCAGCACUCAGUCUUACUGCCCACCCUCCUACACAUCCCCAGCCUACGCCAUGGACCACCAUCCAUCCUACCAGUAUGGACAGUACGGUCAGAGCAAGGUGCCUUUCAUUAUAUGAAACCCCCAACAUGGCCUGAGCAGGAGGCUUCCUGGGCCAGUCUGACAUUCAUCGCCAGAGAACCUCCCCCAACCCGCUGCCUUCGCACAACC